AUGGCGUUCUCAAAGAACAACGUCUAUCGUCUAUUUAGCUACACCGCCCCUUUUGACAAGAGUCACAGUUUUGUCGCCUCCUGGGCUCUUCCUCCAGUCGUCCACAGUUGUCUGCGCGUGCUGCUUGGCCUCUAUGUGUUCACCGCCAUUAUCUACUCCUACAUCUGGUUCUCUGGCAACAUCGACAUCUACCACCUGCAUGACGUUGAUGAACCUUCCUACACAACCGUGAUCGGCUCCUCUGCAAUCGGCCGGUCUUUCUCUUACUUCACAUACCUUUCCUACUAUGGCCAAGGGUUCUAUUUCUUUGUCACCGCGGCGCAUGGCUUUUUCUACGCCAAAACGGGGACGAGUUGGCUGCAUACCCGUUUUCCGCCGUCAUUGCAAGUCUUGCAUUCCUUGUUCUACAGCAUGGUGACAUGUUUUCCGAUCCUCGUCACGCUCACCUUCUGGUGCACCAUGUAUGUCGGGCCGUGGUACACGGUGACCUUCAACGCCUGGGCCAAUAUAUCCGUGCACGCCAUGAACACAUUCAUGGCCUUGCUCGAGAUCACUCUCCCCACCACGGAGCCGUUGCCCUGGAUGCAUUUGCCUUUCCUCAUGACCACAUUGUCGCUCUACCUCGGCCUGGCGUAUCUGACCCGUGCAACUGGUGGGUUUUGGGUCUAUGAAUGGCUGGACCCGGAGUUGGGCAAGUGGAAGGUCGUGGUCCAUGUCGUCUGUUACACGGUGGCCAUUGUCGUCAUCUUUGUCUUUGUGAGAUAUGCCAUCUGGGCCAGGAACUGGCUCGUCGGGCGAUUUACCGGGGCCAGUUUCGGGCUGGGCGAAGAGAAUAUAGAGAGGGUUUUGGGCAUGGCAGACUCUUCGCGGUCCAGCGGGACCUUGGUGGCAGAUACAGAAGCGCAGAUUCUCACAGAGGGACUCUGGCCGCCGCCAAAGCUCCAUACGGCGCCCCGGCUAGCCCAUCGAGUGGAUUUGUAG